AUGGAAGCGGCGGCGCGUCGGCCUCGCGUCCUCACCGAGAUCGACCCGCACAGCGGGUGGAUGCACGGGCGCGAGUUCGACGCGCUCGUGGUGGACGUCACAAGUACUACGGGCGGCCACUCGCAUCAUUUUCAAUUUUCACUAGCAGCUGCAGAGAUCGAUGUUUACUUAUGGAUAGCGGCAUCCAUCCAUGUCACGUCAUGGAUACAUCUCCUCAGGGUUCCGCAAGGACCAGCUGAAGGUUCAGGUGGAGCCGUCGGGGAGCCUCAAGGCUGCUGCGACGUCAACGACGACGCCGCCGCGAUCACCGUCCAACUCGACAAGGGCAUGCUCUACAUCCAGGUGCCGCGCCGGCAGAGCGCCGCCUGGUGGAGCAUCGACACCGAGCAGCAGCCAGCGGCGGCGGAGGUGUACGAGGACGCGCUGCGGGGAUCAGAGGACGAGACCAGCGACGAUGGCCACGGCCACGGCCACGGCGGCGGCUGGAACGUCGGCCGCGUGGUGGCGGCACGGCGAGACGGCGAGCAUCACUCGCUGCGGCGGCUCGCCAGGGGCGUCAGCAGGCACCGGCACGACUGA